AAAACAUUGAGCACACACUUUCUUGACAAAAUUACAUAACAAGUAGCAAGUGUUUAAAUGUUUUUAUAUAAAAAAUAUAUGUUUAAAUAAAUAAAGUUUUCCCACAGAAUUCUGGCAUUUAAGUUAUUAACUAAUAGUCACCAAACGAAAAUCAGUCCAUCACGAAAAGUUUCAAUGCACGACUGCCAAGGGCUGCUAAACAAGAUGACCGGUCGCCGCUCCUUCAUGCCUUGUUGACGUGGUAACUUCUGACGGUGCUGGACAGGAGAUACUCUAACUUCGAGUUCUGAAGAUUGUGCGUUGAUUCCCAGUUUAUAUAGGCAUCUGAAGACGUGUGCAACAGAAUGCACUCCACAAGAACAUCGUGCAGAACUCAUAACUUACGAUGUAAAUUAAUUCGCCGACCAAUCAAAUCAUUCCAAAAACGAAAAGCCACCAAACAGGUGCUCCACGGAUCACGGUCUGGCUAUACGAACAGACAAAAACAAAAUGUCAGCCACCUUGCCGAACACAUGUCUGCUCUCCAGCCUGCCUGCAGUGGAGAGAACCGGAAACGACGAUCAGCAGAAAUCUCUGAUGAAAGACUGAGAAGGACGAUCCUCAUCCUGGACCCAGAAUUCAAAUCGACAAGAACGUCUGACUCUUCGAAGAACAAAACCGUUUCUGUGAAUGACGUCACAACCCCGAUUGUGGCUUCCGUUGCCAUAGUGAUCAUCAUGCUGCUUGUCAUCUGCAUUGUGGUUUUGUUGGUUGUCAAGAAGAGAAGGUCCAACCAGAAGUCUCAAGACAAGGGCGUGAAUAAUCACGCCAUUUAAUCAGCUUCUCCGGUUAAAUAAAAAACACGUCUGAUUUUAUUUAAUUUUUUGUAGCAGACAAAUGAUGGAACAAUGCUAGCUUCACCACUGUGACUUGGAAUUUAGACGACUUUAUUAAAUAUUUCGUUGAAUUUAUUCAUUCAGUCAUUAUGUUCUUUCAAAAUCUUGUAAGUCAAAUAUAUCUAAGUUUAAAGAAGAAAAACAAAAGACGAAACAUUUCACUGACAUUCUAAACAAUUCACGAGUCAGAAUCAAGUGAUUAAUUUUGAAAACAUGAUACCAGAACAUUUACAGACGACUGCGGCUGUUGAUUCUCGUGUUUAUGUUAAUAUAGAGCACAUUGAUUUAUUGGAUGUCAAACAUUUGGCCAUUGAGAUGCAGUCAUAAAGAGGAAACCCUGUACAUUAUUCCAUUUGUAACAAGGCAUAUUUUAUAUGCACGAUCCCACAUACAGGAUAGCACAUUCCUUUGAUAUACUAGUCGUGGUGUACUGGGCAGAACGAGAAAUGGCCUAAUAGGCCCACCGACAGAGACCACUAUCUAGUACCUCGUCUAUAGGAGGACAGCCAUUUCAACCCGCUUGCACGAACAGAAAGAGGACUACCACUCUCAGACUAGUUUACUGAAUCACCAUUGGAUUAAAUUUUGAUAAAUUACGCAAGCCAUUAAGUCCGUUUUCCACGAACACUGUAGGAUAAUACAUACGCAUGUAUGGUUCACACGCGAUGUUUGAAUAAACAACUGGUACAGCAGUCGACAAAUGAAGGCUUGUAAUCGUGGAUGUUUCCUUCUCAUCUUUCUCACCAACUGCACGAGACAGAUAACAUCACCUACAUCAUGGCCCCAUGAACCUGCUAGGUAUUUUAUUUCGGUUUCCUGAACAUUUUGACUUACGGGGUUUUCAAAAAACAGUAAUAUGUUUUAGUCCAGAAUUAUAAACCCUGCUUUUAAACUGAAUCGUAAUAAACAGAUGAGCA